AUGGAUAGUGAUGAUGCCAAAGAGAUCAUCGCUGGAUCAAUUGGCGGUGCUGUAGCCACUGUGGUGGAAUAUCCAUUAGAUACCAUCAAGGUUAGGAUGCAGGAUGAUCCCAGACGAUAUCGUGGUAGUAUUAGUUGCAUCACUGAAAUAGCACGAGAGGAAGGGUUGAUCGGCGGAUUUUUUAAAGGGUUACCCGCACCCGUCAUUGGCGCCGCUGUCGAGAAUGCAACGCUGUUUUGCACAUACCGUGUGACUAUUGGCAGCAUCCAGGAUCUUCUCUUCAAGAGGCGCUUUGAACCCGACACUGAGCCAUAUUCGGUGGUUUUUUUGGCUGCAGCUUUUGGUGGCAUCGUUGUGUCGCACGCACUCACUCCUGCAGAACUUAUUAAGUGUAAGAUGCAGGUGCAGAACACUUUCCCUGAAGAAAGACGCCUCUAUAGUAACUCACUUCAUUGUGCCUCGUCUAUUUAUCGAAAGUCCGGCCUGCGUGGGCUUUACAAGGGGCAUGUUUCGAUGCUUGUGCGUGAGGCCAUUGGCUGCGGGUUGUACUUCUUGACGUUUGAGUGGGUAAUUCGAAAUAUGUUGCGUGAUGGACAGAGCUUCAGUGAGGCGUCUUCACUAGUGCACUUUUUGGGUGGGGGUUGCGCCGGUGUCGUCUUCUGGACAUCCAUUUACCCAGUUGAUGCACUUAAGACGAAGGUGCAGACUGGCAAAGGGAUAUACGGCGAGCUGUCCUUCCUUCGUGGUAUGGCACAGUUGUACAAGCGAGAGGGGUUUCGUGGCUUCAUGCGUGGCUACCCUGUCACUGCAGCCCGCGCCUUUCCUGGAAAUGCGGUCUUGAUAGCUGUGUAUGAACAGGUGAACUUCCUCUGGGAGACAACGCAUCGGUCGAGAUGUGCUUCACUGUGCUCUGCGUCGUGCGUCGGUAGCACAUAG